AUGUCUGGCCGGCCUGGCAUCGGCCAGAAGCGCUUCUCGCAGAACAAAUUCCAUCUGCUCCCCGAUGACAUGACCCAGGACAACAUGGCCAACCCCAACGACGCCACCAUCGAUAUCCCUCUGUCCACCGUCCCCAGUCGCUCCCAGACCGGCGCUCGCCGGUUCAACAGCAACACCUAUCAGCCUCCCACCGACAAUGACAAUGCCGACGAGAAGGCCGGCCUGUUCGGUCGUCGUCCCGGUCCCGGUCGUCGUCGCAAGACCGACACGGGCAAUUCCCUCCAGGAGGAGGAAGAGGACACCCUCAACCGCAUGGGUCGCAUUUACGAGGCCAUUCUGAACUUCUCCGUCGUGACCCGCUACUUGAUCUACGUCUCUCCGCUGGCCCUGGUGAUCGCCGUCCCCAUCAUCGUCGGCGCCACCGUCGCACAGGAUGCGAAGAUUGGCGGCGUCAAGAUCGUCUGGUUUUUCACCUGGAUCGAGGUCGUCUGGCUGAGCCUGUGGGUGUCCAAGAUCGCCGCCCAUUUCCUGCCCUUCGUGUUCCAGUUCCUCGUCGGCAUCGUCAGCUCAGGAACGCGCAAAUACGCUCUCAUCCUGCGUUCGCUCGAAAUCCCGCUGUCUCUCGCGGGCUGGUCGCUGGUGUCCCUCGCGACGUUUAUCCCCAUCAUGACCCAGAACCCGGAUCAGCUCCGGGCCCAUGACAUCAGCAUCAAGCCGUGGGAGUCGACCGUCAAGCAGAUCUUGUUUGCUCUGUUCAUCUGCAGUCUGAUCCUGCUGGCCGAGAAGACCCUGGUGCAGCUGAUCUCGGUGAGCUACCAUCGGAAACAGUACGAGACCAGGAUCAAGGAGUCCAAGCACAACAUCUACUUGCUCGGCCAGCUCUACGAGGCCUCGCGCUCCUUGUUCCCCGAGUACUGCAAGGAGUUCCGCGAAGAGGAUACCAUCAUCUCGGACUCCAUCCUGGGAGUUGCGGCCAAGAAGGCCAAACACAGUCGACGCGGGUCCGCCGCGCCGCUCCGGCUUAUCCAGAACGUCGGCCAGAACGCCGUGCGUUUCGGUGACAAGAUCACUGCCGCGUUUGGCAAUGUCGCCCAGGAGAUCACCGGCAAGGAGGUCUUCAACCCCACGUCGGCUCACUCGGUCGUCAUCCACGCGCUCGAGAAGAAACGAUCUUCCGAAGCUCUGGCCCGACGCAUCUGGAUGUCCUUCGUCGUAGAAGGCAAAGAUGCGCUCUACGAGGACGACAUCAAGGAGGUGCUCGGCGCCGGUCGAGAGGCCGAGGCCGAGGAGUGUUUCCACAUCCUGGACCGCGACGGCAACGGCGAUAUCAGCAUGGAGGAGAUGAUUCUGACGGUGGCGGAAUUUGGGCGCGUGCGCAAGUCGAUCUCCCGGAGCAUGCACGAUGUCGACCAUGCCAUCCAUGUUUUGGAUAGUCUGUUGUUGACCGUCGCCUCUAUCAUUAUGGUCCUCAUUUUCGUGUCUUUUCUGACGACGGGCGCUGCGACGGUCAUCGCUGCCGGAGCCACCUCUCUUCUCUCGUUGUCGUUCGUCUUCGGCACGACGGCACAGGAGGUGCUCGGUUCCUGUGUGUUCCUCUUCGUGAAACACCCCUUUGAUGUGGGCGACCGGGUGGAGAUCAACGACAAGGAGCUUUUCGUCGAAGAGAUCUCUCUUCUCUACACGGUCUUCCGCACCGUGGCCGACCAGCGCAUCACGCAGGUCCCCAACGUCGUCCUCAACACCAACUGGAUCGACAAUGUGACCCGGUCCAAGGCCAUGCGGGAGCGCGUCACCCUGACGGUGGAUUUCGGAACGUCCUUCGCCGACAUCCAGCUCCUCAAAGCGGAGAUGGAGAAGUUCGUGCGCGACAAGGAGAACUACCGCGACUUCCAGCCGGACGUCGACAUCGAGGUCAUCGGCAUGGGCAACAUGGACAAGCUGGAGCUGCGGAUCGAGAUCCGCCACAAGUCCAACUGGUCCAACGAGUCAGUCCGCGCGACGCGUCGGUCCAAGUUCAUGUGUGCCCUGGUGCUGGCGGUGCGCAAGAUCCCGAUCUACGGGCCUGGUGGCGGCAAGCCUAGCUUGGGCGAGCCGUCCAACCCGUCGUACUCGGUCACCAUCACGGAUGAGCUGGCGCAGGAGUAUCGCAAGAAGGCCGCGGAGGAGACGGAGGCCAAGCGCCUUGUGCCGACGAGCGAGCUGCAGGAGGUGACGUCCACCAUGCAACCGCUCACCAUGGAGGGUCAGUCUUCCAGCGUCGAUGCUGGAGCCACGUCGUCGUCGUCGGCAGCGGUCCAGCGCCGCGAAAACUCGACGAAGAGGAUGACCGAGACAGGAUUCAUCGAGGCCUUGCACACUCGGCCCGCGGGAUUUGACACUACGCGCGCCGAGGAGUCGGAGCAGCUGUACCGCGCACCCAGUGCGGCAUCCGCUUCAGGGAACGGGAAUGUCCUGGGAGUGCCUCGCCAGAGCAGCGACAACGACCGAACGUCUCUUCUCCGGGGGCCAUCAACGGGGCGACGCAAGGAAGGCCGAGCAGUCGCUCCGCCGUCUCCGAGCUUGGUAGAACGGUCGUCUUCUCUGCGACAGUCUUUUGAACGCUACGAGAUUCCUAGUUACUACUCUCCUGGGGGAGAAACUGCCGCUGCUGCUGGCAGUCAGUACGAGAUGGGUAACCCCUAUGCGCGGCCGAGUACGGCGACAUCUACGCAACAAGCUGCUGGUUCGGGAUCGUAUCAGCCAGCGAAUUAUCAGCAGCAGCAGCAGCAGCAGCAGCAGCAACAGCAGCAGCAACAACCUCCGACUCGACGACCUGUUCCAGCAGGGAAUCAGCAGGAGCAACAACAGCAGCAGCAGCAGCCAUCAACCCAUUAG